CGGCGGCGGAGGAGGAGGCCGAGGCCGAGGCGGAGUCUGGAGGGACGUGGCUGGAUCAAGACCCCCAAUGUGAACACGCUCGCUCCUCCCCUCACCGCCCUCUGCUGCCACGCCAGGGAACAUCCUCGAACCCUGGCCCCCAGGGGAGAGGGAGCAGGAGCCCAGAGCCGAGACCAUGUGACGGCGCUGGCCCUUGCCACCGCCGUCCCCCCAACCCUGGCCCCAGGCCCGGCACCAUGAUGUUCCGAGACCAGGUGGGCAUCCUCGCUGGCUGGUUCAAGGGCUGGAAUGAGUGUGAGCAGACAGUAGCCCUGCUGUCUCUUCUGAAGCGGGUCACCCGUACCCAGGCCCGCUUCCUGCAGCUCUGCCUGGAGCACUCAUUGGCGGAAUGCAAUGACAUCCACCUGCUGGAGUCGGAAGCCAACAGUGCUGCCAUCGUCAGCCAGUGGCAGCAGGAGUCCAAAGAGAAGGUGGUGUCCCUCCUGUUGUCCCACCUGCCCCUGCUUCAACCAGGCAACACGGAAGCCAAGUCGGAAUAUAUGAGGCUUCUGCAGAAAGUUCUGGCCUAUUCGAUCGAGAGCAAUGCCUUCAUUGAGGAAAGCCGCCAGCUGCUCUCCUAUGCUCUCAUCCACCCAGCCACCACCCUGGAAGACCGCAACGCGCUGGCCCUCUGGCUGAGCCACCUCGAGGAGCGGCUGGCCAGCAGCUUCCGUGCCCGGCCAGAGCCCUCCUACCACUCGCGCCAGAGCUCAGAUGAGUGGGGGGGCCCUGCAGAGCUGGGCCCUGGAGAGGCAGGGCCAGGCUGGCAGGAAAAGCCACCCCGGGAAAAUGGACACGUGCCCUUCCACCCAGCUAGCUCGGUGCCGCCAGCCAUCAACAAUGUUGGGAGCAGCGCCAACACAGGUCUCCCCUGCCAAAUCCAGCCCAGCCCGCUGAAGCGCUCCAUGUCACUCAUCCCCACGAGCCCCCAGGCCCCUGGGGAGUGGCCGAGUCCAGAGGAGCUUGGCGCCCGGGCUGCCUUCAGCACGCCCGACCACGCUCCCCUCUCGCCCCAGAGCAGCGUGGCAUCCUCCGGCAGUGAGCAGACGGAGGAGCAGGGCUGCAGCCGCAACACGUUCCAGGAGGACGGCAGCGGCAUGAAAGAUGUACCCUCGUGGCUCAAGAGCCUCCGCUUGCACAAGUACGCGGCCCUUUUCUCACAGAUGAGCUACGAGGAGAUGAUGACACUGACCGAGCAACACCUGGAGUCUCAGAAUGUCACCAAAGGGGCUCGCCACAAGAUAGCCCUGAGCAUCCAGAAGCUGCGUGAGCGGCAGAGCGUCCUCAAGUCCCUGGAAAAGGACGUGCUGGAAGGUGGGAAUCUGCGAAAUGCCCUGCAGGAGCUGCAGCAGAUCAUCAUCACCCCCAUCAAAGCCUACAGUGUCCUCCAGGCCACGGUGGCUGCCGCUGCUGCUGCUGCCAGCCCUGCUGCCAAGGAUGGCAGCCGGGGGGAGCUGCCUGGUGCUGAGCCUCCCCCAGCCCAUCCAGGCGCAGACAAGGGCACCGAGGUCACGGACCCUCCAGCUGCCGAGAGCUACCCCCCUCCACCAGCUCCGGCUCCCACCGAUGGCAGUGAGCCAGCCCCGGCUCCCGUCGCCGACGGAGACAUCCCCAGCCAGUUUACACGGGUGAUGGGCAAAGUGUGCACCCAGCUGCUGGUGUCCCGACCAGAUGAAGAGAACAUCACCAGUUACCUCCAGCUCAUCGAAAAGUGCCUGACUCAUGAGGCUUUCACAGAGACACAGAAGAAACGGCUGCUGUCCUGGAAACAGCAAGUGCUGAAGCUGCUCCGGACAUUCCCACGCAAAGCCACGCUGGAAAUGCAGAACUACCGGCAGCAGAAAGGCUGGGCCUUUGGCUCCAACUCACUCCCCAUAGCUGGUUCUGUGGGGAUGGGAGUGGCUCGGCGGACCCAGCGCCAGUUUCCAAUGCCUCCCCGGGCCUUGCCACCUGGCCGGAUGGGCCUCCUGAGCCCCUCGGGCAUCGCGGGCGUCUCCCCUCGACAUGCCCUUACCAGCCCCAGCCUUGGGGGCCAAGGCCGACAGAACUUGUGGUUUGCCAACCCUGGAGGUAGCAACAGCAUGCCCAGCCAGAGCCGCAGCUCCGUGCAACGCACCCACUCGCUCCCGGUCCACUCAUCACCCCAGGCCAUUCUCAUGUUCCCUCCAGACUGCCCAGUCCCUGGGCCCGACCUGGAGAUCAAUCCCACCCUGGAGUCCCUGUGUCUGAGCAUGACAGAGCACGCUUUGGGGGAUGGGACAGACAAAACCUCCACCAUCUGACAGGACCCACAGCCCAGCGCACCCAUAGGCUCCCUGGGCGGCGGGCGGGGGCCGACCCCCAACAGGCUUCUCCGCGACAGCGAGGGGGGCUGGCUCAGCUAUACAUUCUAAUAUUUUUCUACUCUCUCACCCUUUUAACUUUUGUUUAACAUUGGCACUCGCCUUGCUCAUGCCCAAGCCCAUCGAAGGGUCUCUGCCGAGGCUGGGGGAGGUGGGAGGGAGCAGCCAGACUGCCAGCCCCUGCCUGGCCUCCCUCGUGCCCACCCGGCCCCGGCCAUGGCCCCCUGCCCUUCCCCACGGGAGCAGACUCCCUCCAAGACAAACUGACCACUACCUUGUGGAGUUGCUCAGACCGCUGACCCCGGGCAGCAUGAGCAGCGGAGCUGACCUGCUCUCCAGGCGGUCCACUUCCCUCCCACUCCCCAAGGACAGGAGCCACCUUCCUCUCCGCCUCCCCCUCCCCCUUUGCCCUGUUUAUCAGAGGUUCUCUACAAUUAAUUUCUUAGGCCUAUUUAAGAUGCAUAUUUAUAUAGUUCUUAACGGUUUUUCUCUCUGAUCAUUCCCUCUCAUUUUUAGACUCCCCAGGCCUCUCCCAGAGCCACGAUGGUGGCAGGGGUAGCCUGAACUUGCAGAGGAGAGGGCAGAGCCCCCUCCUCUAGACCCCAUGCCCUUCCCUGGCCCCCCGGCCCUGGCUCCCCAGAUGUGAAGGUUGAAGGUGGGCAGCCAGUGAGGUCAGGAAGUCUGUUGCCUUAACAUCCCCUUCCCCAGGAAUACACACACCCUUCUCCCCUCCCAGGUCUGGCUGGUAAAAGACUUGGGGGUAAGGAAUGAGGGAAAGGGGAUUGUUUGGUUUUGGGUUUUUGGGUUUUUCUCCUGCCCUCCCCUUUUUUUUCCACACCCACCCUAAUUAUGUCAUGACCUCACUUCCGUGGAACACUAUGUCAUAACCCAGAGAUUCGCCCCGCCCCAGUCUCAGACCCUCCAGGCCCUGUUCCUGAUGAGGGGUUGUCAGGGGGAAGGGGCUUGGGGGCUCAGACUGGGGAAGCCAGGGUUCCCCUUUUCUCCCCGCUAACUCACCUACCCCCUCACUGGGACAUUCAUUCUCAAGCUUUUCACACCGAAAAGAAAAAAAAAAUGUUAUUUUUAGAUACAUUUUAUGAAUAACUUUUGUUAUGAAUAUGGCUGGUAACCAUUGUGUAUGUUAUUAAAGAUACAAAAUGUUGGGAAAAAACAAAAAACCAAAAAAAAAAAAAAUUUGAAGACCACCACCCCCUGCACUAUCACCCCAUCCCCCAGACCUCUUUGGCCCUGUCCUGGUCUGUGGUCCUCCCUGCGCCCUGCACCCAGGCGCGGAGAGGAAACCAGGGGGUGGGGUGGCCCUGGGGACCUGCCUCUGGGUCCCCCUCUCCUCUCCCAGUGCCGGGCUGGGUGGGGCGUCAGGUUUAUUUAUGUACCUCUUGCACACUCAUCAACCUAUGCAAGCCCCCCACCCCGGCCCCUCCAUGUUCUGUGCCUUGCUCCUUCCCCUCCAGCUCCCGGGCCUCCUCCAGCACCCCCGGCCCAGGCCGCGGGGAGGUGGGGUGGAUGGCAGCAGGGUGACCCUGUGUACAGGCUCUGCCCCCCCACCAGCCGGGAGGAACACCCG